AGUAUUGAAGGUUCUGAGGCCGAGAAAAUGGUAGGUUCCUCCUAGAAUUUAAGCCAUAAAAUUUCUCCUCUUCAAGUUUCCCGCUUACCACAAAAAAUUCGAAAAUUCCCUCCCUAAAAUUCCCCCCAAAGUAAAAUUUAUCCAUCAAAAUAUCAAUUUCAUAGUCGUUUACACACCCACCGUGAAAACCCUAAAACUAGUUCGAGUGUUCGCAUAUAUCGUCAUCAUCAGAUUGCAUACACCUGGAUGAAAAACAAAUGUGCCGUUACUGAUGGUCGGUACCUUGGAGCCACACUGGACCGAAAUGGGCUACGCUUAGGCCGGUUCUGUUUUACACACAGUGGGCACGUUGUUAUGGCUAGUGAAGGGGGAGUUGUUGAUAUUCCAGCAGAAGACGUGUCUCGGAAUGGCAUAUGCAGCGGAUGUUAACAUGGGUAUCUGGGGGCUCAUGGCUCCAUUAAAGGAUUUUGGACUUUUGGAACACAAAUUAAGAGCUAAAGCAAGUGAAUUUGGUGAAGUUGCAUUUGCUCAUGGUAGCACUAGGAAGCUUUCUCAGGCUUGUAAAUCUCAAGAUGGAUAUGACGUUAGCGGAGAUCAUCGUUUAUUGUCUACUACCAUUCCAUUUUCUAAUGAUACGUUAUCAGGACCCAGGAACUUUUUGUUAGGGGUGCGGAUGAGGCGUUCAACCAUAUUUUCAAUGGUUCUCUAUGGUGUUGACAAGUUAGGGGACUCUAUAAAUCAGAAGUACUAGCUUACAGGUGGCUUUUUGUUACUGAACAAGAUAUUAAGGGCCUACCUUAAUUACAGGUUGAAUAUAGUGAGUUGGUUGAUGCGAUGAUAACAAGUAGUAAGUGCAGAGAACUAUGAAGUGGGAAAUAUGAUUGCUUAGAAAGGGUUAACACGACGAUUAUUUUACUUGCAAACAAGAUUGUGUAAGAGAUUCACGAAUGUAAUGAAGUUUUGAGUUUCUAUUCAAACAUUUAUUUACUAUUUGUUUUGUAUGUUUGGUAUUUAGACAUAGGUUGACGCUUAUUAGACUUUUGUUUGCGGACAUUGGAAUCUUUGGAAGAUGAUUGAUUGAACUUUUUAAUUGAAGUGAUUAUAUUAUGAUUU